AUGUACAAGAUAAACGGUGGUGGUGUGGAAUACGGAAUCGGCGAGCAACACUACCAGAAUUAUGGUGGACAUUUGACAUCUGUGCUACCGAAGGAAAAAGAAGACCUUAUUCUUGAUGAAAUGAGAAGUAUUCAUUUCGAGGUCCUUUUGAAGAACCGAAAAUUACGAAAGUUUUUGGCGAGUGUUGUCAGUGAUGGAAAUCGGUUUUGGGGGCGCUGUACAGAAUUUUGUGACAAGAUAGAUUUUGGUGGUGCUUACAUGGAGUUUUUUGCGGAGAAUGACGCAACGAUGUGGUGGGCUAAUGAAUCUCCUGUAGACCACCUUUCUAAGUUUACAAGGACUGACCAAGGGAAUGUGUUGUGUCUUGGAAAUAUGCGGUGGGUUCUGGAACCUGACACAGAGAUUUUACCUUAUCUGUCUGCGACACAUGUAUCGUUUAACACUGGUCGAAUUGAAAAUUACAAUAACUCUCGAAAUGACUCGCAUGCUUGCUAA